AUGGCAAAAACUGAAAAUGUUGAAAAUUCUCAUCACGCGAAAGCCUACAAGUCUAAAUUAUGCGGAAUUUACUUAUAUCCGUCUUCUUUUUCAGGUCUAAUGCCGGAGACGCGAGAAACUCCACCGCGUGAACAAUGGAGUUCAUGGGCGGAUUUUAUCAUGAGUUGUAUUGGUUAUGCUAUCGGAUUGGGAAAUGCUGAAAUGUGA